GAAUCAUCUACAUUGCGAGUUCUGCAUCUUGUUGGGUUCGUGCGCAUUUGUGCAUUUCAGGAGUUAUAAUCUCUACUUGUAUAUCAUCUAUAAUGUUUAAUUUUACCGUGCAUGCAUUUGCAGUCCUACUGCUUGUGCUACCAACGGUUCUUGCAGCAUCCAAAGCAUACGUAGAACUCGUCAAUGGAACACCAUACGACUGGCACUUGGUAUCCAAUGAAACAUCUCACAUGAAAUGGUUUCCCAAUACCACCAUUCCAUCUGGUACCAGCGCCGAAUCCUGUAUCUCAUGGAUUCUAUAUCUACGGGAAGCAAAAGCUGAAGCAACAUAUCGUAUUGAUAAUCCUUCAUCCCCCGAAUCCUUUACCGUUCGAGCCCGUCGAAAUCCAACCAAAAUCGAGGUUGCCUAUCAUGAAAACCUCUCCUCUCUUAACAAUCCCAAAAAUUCAAUCAUCGACCUGGUCUAUAGCAAACAUCAUCCGCAUCCAUUCAUUCUCGCAGGAAAUGGUAUCUCAGCCCCCUACGUCAGCUCUAACCCUCCAAUCCCCUGGAUGCAAACCACCAUUUCCACUCUCUCCUCAAGUCCUCUCCGUGAAAUCAGUAUGCCCAUGGCUCACAGUGCAGGCGCUAACGUCGUAAGCGAUUCACUAAACGGGCCAGGCACAUUACACAACACACAAACACAAUCCAAUUCCGUAUUUAUGCAACUAAUAUUUGGAGCCCGCUGGUUAGAUAUCCGACCUGUGUUCUAUGAAGGGAAAUGGAUGACUUACCAUGGUACAUUUGCCGCAGGGAAAAUGUGGGGUGCCACGGGUCAGAGUAUUGAGGAUGUUAUUGAAGACGUGAAUAGGUUUACCAAAGCACAUCCCGGAGAACUCAUCGUGCUUGAUAUAUCGCACGAUGCAUCUAAUGCGUGGAAAUGGAGGAAUUUCAAUGCGGUGGAUUGGAUGAAGUUUUAUGAGUUAUUGAGUGGUAUUCGUAAUGCGUGGCAGGAACCACGGAGAUUGGGAUGGGAUUUGUCGAUUUUACCUUUUGACACUUUUGUGACCAAGGGGGGUAAUAGUACGGUGUUGGUGAGAAUUCCCUGCGAUGCACCGGUACCGAUCUCGACAUUGCCUGGGAGGGGGAAAAGAGAUGCAAAUGCCACUCUAGCAACAUCUUCAGCUGGCUGUGAUCCUGUUAGUUCAGAUGGUUAUCUUGCCCCAUUUAACACCACAGACUCACUCGACUCACAAGAGCCACCUUCUUCCCCUAUUGAUAAGCGGGAGAUGUCUAACAUUCCUGGUGGCAUUCGUAAGUAUCACUUGUCCUUUCACAUUCCAGUUCAUAGCUUUCAAAUCGACUUGAAAAUUACAAUCCCUAAAGUCUUCCCUUUUGUUUUCAGUCUUAAAUUUUUGGGUCUUCCUUUGUAUAUUGCAUUGUUUAUAUCGUAGUCUCUCUUCAUCUUCACGUCUUUACUCUCGUAAACAUAUCAUUUCUAUCAAGAUCCCCCCUAGGUAAUCGUAACCGCCUUAAACUAACCACUCAACUCAACUCAGUCCCUGACCCUCUCUCCCGCCGUGCCGCCGACUACAAAAUAACCUUCACUCCCCUCCCCGCGACCCGCCUCCCCGUAACCGGGCACCACUCCGCCACCGCCUCUCCUUUCGAUCUAGCCUCCUCUCAACUCGCCCUCCUCUCCCUACACAAAUCUUCUUCCGCCAUCACCCCCACAAACCCCGCACAAAUGCACAAAUCAUCCUGGAUUCUCACCCAACCACGUGCCUUCCAGGCCGAUAUCGGUAAUUGGUGGAAUUCUAUACUCGGGUAUGCGACACUGUCACAGCGGAGUUUGUUUAGUAAUUUUGGAGGACUUGUACAGGGGAGAGGGAAGAAAGGAAAACCGAAUUUGAUCGAGGUGGAUUACAUCAGGACUCCGGACGUGGCGGCGUUGGCUAUGGCAAUUAACGUUUGGGAGUCGUGAGUGGGUGGGGUAUUGGGGGAGGGAAGGGAAAGAGGAGAGCUAGAUGGAGAGUAGCGUAAGGAGACCGAUACUGUGCAUCACAUAAAAGUAUAUUAUUUUAAUGAUUAUUCUGUAAUGUUCAAUUUUUGGUGAAUCGAUCUAUGUUUUGCGUCACAGCUUCGCAUGACUAGAGUCGAAACAGAAAGUGGUUGAUAGAUGCA